AGUAGGAGAAAAGACAAAGACCUUUAUUUUUUUUUUUUUUUUGUCAGCGCAAAAUCAAACACCACUGUACCACGCACAGCACAGUGUCACCCGAACCGGUCUCGCGAACGGAUACGACUCUUCUCAUCCCGCGCACGCGCGUGAAAUCCAUUGCGUAUGGUAUAUAAUCGGUUCGAAAAACCACAGUAGUAAAUAGUACACGACCGACGGCCAUGGAUAGUGCAGGAUCCGCUCGCCACUUGUUGGCAGUGGCGACCGUGAUCGCGGCGAUCGCGCUGUGCCGUGCGGCCGCGGUAGGUGGCGGGACCGGACCGAGUCCGGGCAACACCGCAGCUUCCGCACCGUCGUCGAUACUGACUAAAUUGCCGCAAUCGCCGUUGCCGAAAUUUCCGGUAAUCUACACGUACGGAAAACCCCGGUCGCCGCGACCACCGACGACGAAGCAUCCGACUCUUCUGGGCGGCAAACAGCCGCAGCGACCGUCUCAGCAACCGCAGAAGCGCCCGCCGCCAAAACCGACGACGGACGAACGACCCGAAGGACGAGUUCCUCCGUACCAGUCGUCGCCGGCGACAAACGCUUCCGCGACGACUUCGCCGAAACCGAAGCUGGAGACGACCACUCACGACCGAUCCAUCAUCACGGCACCGCUAAAAUCGUGCCCCGAAGGAAUGCGGAUGAGUCCCGACCGGACCUGCAGACCUGCAUUCACCGACCCCGAGGGCGACCAAACCGAUUAGUCGGCCGACCGAACCGUUGUAGCGAACAAGUCAUAAUGUAGUACGUCUACCAGUAACGCUACGCGUCCAUACUGAAAUUAUUCUUAUUCUUCUUAUUAUUAUUAUUAUUAUUGUCAUUAUUAUUGUUACGCGAUUUAUUUAUACAGACAUAAAGUUUUUACUCCCGUGUACUAAGUGUAAUAUAAUCCACAUAAUCAUGUCA